AUGAAGCGCGAUUUCGAAGAAAUCUCGGAGGAGGAGUGGUCGCAGCACUCGUUUAACGCUUCGCGAGUGCUUAAACGGCCACGGACUCCGAAGAGGACGCGUCCGGCGAAUCCGUCGCCUCCAAUUUUCGGUUGGGGGAGGAAGAGAAGAGAGAGAAGAGGAGGAGGAUGCGAAGGUUGUGGGUGCGAGCUGCAAGAGCUGGUCGGCGAUUUGUGA